AUGGACAGGAUUACCCAUCUACAAAGGGAAAUCGCCCAACGCGAGGCUGAAUUAGCCGAUCUGAAAGCUCAGCUGGCCCUUGCCGAGUCGCAAGAGAGACUCUCGGAUGAGCAUGAGGAUGAGGCUUCGGGCUGGAAGUGGCCGUUGAGCAGGCGAGAGUAUGAUCGGUAUAGUCGGCAGAUGGUGGUUCCCAAAUUUGGCUUGCAGGGCCAGCUGAAGCUCAGAAAGACAAGAGUCCUGCUCGUCGGCGCCGGUGGUCUGGGAUGUCCGGCAGCAGCGUACCUUGCCGGCUCCGGGGUGGGCAAGAUCGGUAUCGUGGACGGCGACGUCGUCGACACGUCCAACCUCCACCGGCAGAUCUGCCAUAGCACCGGCCGGGUGGGCACUUCCAAGGUGGACAGUGUCAUCACGUUUCUCAAAGAGCUCAACCCAGACAUUGCAUACCGCGCCCACCACGGCCACCUGACGACCCUGAACGCGCGCGACAUCGUCUCGGGCUACGACGUCGUGCUCGACUGCACCGACCACCCUGCCUCGCGGUAUCUGGUGUCGGACAUCUGCGUGCUCCUCGGCCGCCCGCUCGUCUCGGCCUCGGCCCUCCAGACGUCCGGGCAGCUGAUGCGGCUCAACGACGGGCCCGGCCGUGGACCGUGCUACCGCUGCGUGUUCCCCCGGCCACCGCCGCCGGAGAGCGUGGUCGGCUGCGGGGAGGGCGGCAUCCUGGGCCCCGUCGUGGGCGUCAUGGGCGUCCUGCAGGCCCUGGAGGCCAUCAAGCUCAUCGUCGCCGAUGGGGGUCCCCCCCCCGCGCCGCCCACGAUGCUCAUCUUCAGCGCCGCCGACCCCGCCACGCCCUUCAGGUCGGUCAGGAUGCGCGGGCGGAGGAGGGACUGCUUCGCCUGCGGCGACGAUGCGCGCCUCACGCUCGGAUCGCUCGAGACGAGCAUGGACUACGUGCGCUUCUGCGGCGUGAGGGCGCCCGUCCGGCUGCUCGCUCCGGAGGAACGGGUGUCGCCCGAGGAGUACGUCGUCGCCGCCGCCCGUGGCGGCCACGUCCUGAUCGACGUCAGGGACAGGGAGCCAUUCACCCUCGGCAGCAUCGACGGAUCCAUCAACAUCCCCAUCGGCCGCUUCACGAGCCACCGGGUCGCCGAGGGUGAGGAUGCCGGCAAGCUCCCCGAGUGGUGGCCGGCCGACGCCGUCCCGCCCGGUGCGCCCAUCUACCUCGUCUGUCGGGUCGGGAACGACUCGCAGAUAGCGGCUCGGAAGCUCAAGGACCUGGGUCUAGACCGAGGGGGACGCUUCAUCGGAGAUAUCAGGGGCGGCUUACAGGCUUGGAGGGAGACGGUGGAUCCGACCAUGCCAUCUACAUAG